UCAUUCUAAGACUGCUGGCAAAAGCCUGCAGGAAUAAAGCAGAGCCUCAUGAGAGCACAAUAUAUAAGAAACAGAGACUCGUGUCAAGGUUUUACAAGUGCCAGAAACGGCAAGAGGAUAAUAGUCAGAUGUAUCAUGCAUGGGAUUUUUCCAUUUCUACUACUCAAAAUCAGUGUUUCUAAUGAUCUUUGCACAAUACAGGUUAUAUGUAUUUAUUUACAAUUGAGCUUUGUUGUGUCAUAUAUCACUCCAAAACUGUUUUUCUUCCAGACAGUAUUAUCUGUUGAAUAGCACCUGUUGUUUAAUAAUUUAUAAAAAAAAUAUUUAUGAAAUAUUUACUGAUUAGGACACAUGUAAAGUCAAUGACAUUUUGUGUUUUCCUGCAUUUUGGAAUAGCAAUAACUUUCAAUAAUAAUGUGUAGAAUGGAUUUGUAUCAACCUUGACAUAUAACAGAUAAUACAGGUGCUGUGCUAGAAUUACACUUGCUAAUAUUAUGUUUUAAAACCUACCAUGUAAUUAUUGGUAGCAAUCCUGUCUUAAUAGUGUGCUUUAGAAAAGAAUGUUUUGAGACUGAGCAGCAUGCAAGAUUUCCCACCACAGAAUAUUUCAUAUACAACUUUUAAGCUAAAUGGCUUUCUGGCUUUGGGAGAAUGGAGACCUAUAUUAUCCAUACCCUAUUUCAUUAUGUUUUUAUUGUCUUGUCUAUCAAACUCUAUUAUGAUAUAUUUAAUUGUAUCUCAGAAAACUCUGCACUCUCCAAUGUAUGUACUAAUAGGUUUUAUAAGUGUUGUGGACUUGUGUUGGCCAAUAUGUUUUGUACCAAGUUUGUUGCUCAACUUUUUAUUUGAAUGGAAUGGCAUUUCUCUAGUGAGCUGUUUACUACAAAUGUUUUGCAUUCAGCUUCUUGGUGCAUUUCAGUCUACUGUAUUGGUGUGGAUGGCUCUAGAUCGGUUCUUUGCUAUAUGCAGACCACUUUAUUAUCACAAAUACAUGGAAUUCCACAGCUUUCUAAAAUGUAUUAUUGUGCCAGCCACUAGAAAUUUAUUACUGAAUAUCAUAAUGAUCUCUUUGGCUGGGAAAUUGAAUUUCUGUGCAAUAAAUGAGAUAGAUCACUGUUUUUGUGAACACAUGGGAUUGGUUCAGUUGGCAUGUGGAGAUAUUUCUAUUAACAACCUAAUUGGCCUUGUAUCUACUUUUCUUAUACCAACAUCAGAUUUUCUUUUCAUUACUGCAUCAUAUAUAAUAAUAUUUGCUUCUGUCAUGAAAUCAGGAAAAUCCCACUUGAAGGCUCUCAAUACUUGUAUUACACAUAUUAUUGUCAUGACAGUUAAUUUAGCAUUUGCCUUGAUUGCAUUUAUGUCAUACAGAAUAAGAAAUAAUAUUUCUCCCAAUGUUCGUGUCUUUCUGAGUACAAUGUAUAUACUAUUCCCAAGUUGUUUUAAUCCAAUUAUUUAUGGAGUAAGAACAACUGAAAUAAGAAAACAGUUUCUUAAAUUUGUGAACAAUAUGAAAGUCUUACCACAGUAA